UCUCUCUCUCUCUCUCUCUCUCUCUCUCUCUCCACUUUCUGCUCUGUUUGGGUUUGUGAGAUGGGAAGAGCUCCGUGUUGUGAAAAAGUGGGACUGAAGAAAGGGAGAUGGACAACUGAAGAGGAUGAGAUCCUGAAGAAGUACAUUGAAACUAAUGGGGAAGGUUCAUGGAGAUCAUUACCUAAGAAAGCAGGUUUAUUGAGAUGUGGAAAGAGUUGCAGGCUGAGAUGGAUUAACUACUUAAGGGCUGACGUGAAGAGAGGGAAUAUCACAGCUGAAGAAGAAGAUAUGAUUAUUAAGUUACGUACCUCCUUGGGAAACAGGUGGUCGUUGAUAGCUGGACAUUUGCCAGGAAGAACAGACAACGAGAUAAAGAACUACUGGAACUCUCACUUGAGUAGGAGAAUCCACUGCUUCAGAAGACCUGGCAACUUAGGCCAACGCCGCCAACCACCAAUACUCUUGGACUUAUCCAAACUGGGUAGCGCAAGCAAGCGAAGAGGGAGUAGAACGGCCAGAACCGCCAUGAAGAAGAGCAUGACUACCAGUAGCCUUAGCCUCAAAUCCACCAAUGCAGCAGCAGCAGCAGCAACAAUGGGAUCGGUAGAGAAGAGAACUGGGAUGAUGAAUUCAGUUACUGACUGUGAAAUUGACAGUGAAAGAAUGCUCAUUACAUCCAACCCAGAUCAAAAUCAAAGAAUGGGUAUGAACCAUCCAUCACAUGAAUCUAGUGGCGUUGGUCAAGGGCUAGAGAAAGAUGGCAUUUUGAUCAACAUUGAUGAAUUGAUGGAUGCUAUUGACAAGGAGGGAGAGGUGGCCGAAGGGAUCAUCACCCCAACUGCCACCGCGAUGAGGGAGGAGAUAUAUAGUGGAAUUGGGAACUCAAAUGGGGAGAGUGAGGACUGGUACUCUUAUUCUUCCAAUAACAUGAGCUUCUGUUUAGAUGAUCAGGAAUGGGGUGACUGGGACUGGACUUCUGCAAUUGUUGGCGGAUCUUCUGGGGCAAGAGGAUAUUGAUAUUCAGAGCCGUACCACUACUACUAUUACUGAUUCUGCUGCUACAAGUACUGGAAUGUGGCCGGAAGAGGGAGAGGAGUUGCUGUCUUGGCUCUGGGAGGAUGAUGAUGGUGAAGAAAAUUUGGGACCAGCAGGGACCACUAGUGCAGAGGAGUGUGAGCAGUAGCUGGAGGCUUCUUUCUUGACGUUGAAAUGGUGGAAUUCUUCCUUCUGCUGCUUCUUGUCUUGAGUUCUGGAAUUUUCUCCGUUGGUAUUUCUUAAUAGAAGAGAAAAAUCCAUUAAUAAAUGGAGAAAGUUUUUAUUUUUAUUUUUAUUUUUAAUUAUAAAGGACCAUCUUAGGUUCACAAACUCCUAUGUGGUUUUUUUAUUUUAUUUUAUCAUUUUUCAAGUCUUCUAAGGGAGAUUAUGAAAGCUUGAUCCAACCAUGGAUUUAGUUAUCGGUAUUGGUCUUUGCCUAUUUGGAUUGGUAUCGAGAGGAUCAAUGUAUAUCGGUCAUUUUUA